CUCACGCGCUCAUUGACUGGGACUGGGGCUGCUCUUCUGCAGGAACUGUGCGAACCGACGGGACUGAGCUAGCGCCGCCACACAGCUGCCCUGACUUCUGAGACACCAGCCUCACAGCGACUGCGUUAUGGGCUUCUUAGUGACCAUCAGCAUCCUCGUGGGCGCCUUACUGUCCAUCGUGGGACAAUAUUCCGUGAGCGCUGGAAUGUGUUGGUUGCAACAAGGAAAAGAGCCCAAGUGUGCAAUGAUGCUGAUGACAGGAGUGACACGUGAAGAGUGCUGUAGAAAUGGUAGCCUGGACACAGCUUGGUCAAGCUACACUCUUCCAAUUAGCAAAAUCAGUUUGAUGGGAUUCCUCGGGCUGGUGACAUGCAAACCCUGCAAAGAAUCAUGUGACGGUGUUGACUGUGGGUUUGGCAAAGUGUGUCGGAUGAAGCAGGGCCGCCCUUACUGUGCCUGUGCACCGGACUGCUCCAACAUCACCCGUAGGCAACCAGUGUGUGGUGCAGAUGGGAACACCUACAAGGAUGAAUGUGCCCUUCUUAUGGCCAGGUGCAAGGGCCAUCCUGACCUGGAGGUCAUGUACCAAGGAGAAUGUAAAAAGUCCUGCACAAAUGUCGUUUGCCCAGGGACCCACACCUGUGUGAUUGACCAGACUGAGAGUGCCCACUGUGUCAUAUGUCGUUCUGCUCCAUGCCCCACACCUACCUCAUCCGAGCAGUCUAUUUGUGGCAACAACAACGUCACCUAUCCCACUGCCUGUCACCUACGGAGAGCGACUUGCUUCCUGGGACGUUCCAUUGGUGUCCGUCAUUCUGGAAACUGUGCAUAUGUUCUCAAGCAUGCAGUCGAAAAAGAGGAGAGUGAAGAGAAUGCCUUGUAGACCAAAGAGUAUUUGUUCUCCUUCUAUCACCUCAGCCAAAGGAACCUUAGCUUCAGUCCGAGCAGAAAAACAAGAUGACCAACUCAGAAACAAAGCCCCACCGUAGUGUGCGCUGCCAGUUACUUUUACAUCUAUUUAUUUCCUCUUUCUUUAAAUAUUCUCCUCACCUCCGCUCCAUAUCACUCUCCCUGUCCCUCUAAAAACAUCUAAUCAAAUGGCAAGAAGUCGGUAAGAAGAGGGCAGCAGACCAUGAACACAGUCAGACUGCUGUUUGACAUUCAUUGCCCUGCAGGUGGCAGACUAUCACACUUUGGUGAUCUACAACUUAGCAUCUGUGAUAAACGAUGGUUGAACUUGUUCGCUGUCUCUGUGAGGGUGAGUAACGUUAAAUGUCUCAGAUAAUUCUCACCAAAGGCCAUGCAUUCAUGUUUCAGUAUCACUGAAUCUGAGGCAAUCCAUACUCUCUAGCAAGUAGGGGGAAAGGGAGGGCUUGCUAUGUGAAUAUUGUAAAUAAAAUUAAACAACCCGAAUAUUUAUUGGAACCAAAGCUAAUAAGGAAAGGGGAAAAUGCUUUAUUUAUAUAUAUUAUUUUUUGUUUUUCAUUCAAGCAAAAACGACCCACUACCUUCAGAGAUGUAUUUAUUAUAUAGUGUUUUUUGACAACUUCAUUUCUUUUCUGUUGCUGUUUUUCCUUCUGUCAUGUAUAACAUUACUAUAGAAAUGUUUAGUAGACUGCCAGAAAUGUUAAAUAUAUUCUAAAUGAUGCUGCAGACCUGAACAAGGUGCCCACAUUCCCCCAGAAGUUACCAUCUGAGUGCUCUCAGUUGCUUUUUACCACAAUUCAAGACAACACAUCACUAAGAAUGCAUCAGUUGCAAUGGUUUAGAAUCUUCGAUUGUCCUGAUUUUUAUAUGUUGGCCCUUAUUUUUGGAAUAUACUUUAAAAAUGUACAAUAUUGUUGUACAGGCAGGGGACUCUUCAACACCUUUAAAGUCAAAGUUAGUGAGAUGUUCAUAUGGGUUUGGUUUUAUAAAAAGUGCAAUGGGGCUUUUUGAAAUCGUACAGAGAUUUUGCUAAAUUUGUUGUAUCCAUAAUGUCCAGCAAAACUACAAAAAAAUCCUCCCCACCUCAAUCACACUUUUCACUCAGUUUACCCCUUGUAGUGUUGAUUUUCACCAAAAAAGCAAAGGAAUUUUGGCACCACCUGUCAAGAAAUGUAAACCUGCAAAUCUUCUGAAAAGGUGUGGCCACAUAAUAAAAUAACCAACACCUAAGAUACCCACUCGGGAUCUCUGAUGUACCACAUUGAUGGGUGGUGAUCUGAAAAAGAUCUGCUUCCAAGGAAAAUCAGAGAAAGGAAAGUCAGAUAACCCUGUCCUUCACCUUUUGUGACACUGAAAUUUCCACCCCAAGAAUGGGACCACAUUAAUAGCAAAUAAAAUGACAGAAUGUCACACUGGUAAAGUGUUAGCGUUCACGGUAUUUUCAAGACUUAGUUCACGAGCUUAGAGGUUUUUCAAUUUAAUUCAAUUCAGUUUAUCUUUUCAUCAUACUCGUCACUAACUUGAGUAAGAUUUUAAAAAUCUGACACAUUAGUAAAUAGACACAUUAAGAUUAGAUUACUUCGUAGAACAAGUAAUUUCAAAUUGAUUGACAUAAAAAGAUUCUUAUAUUAGCCAAUUAGUAUUAUCAUUGAGGUAUGGCCAGUUGACAACAGAGAGAGGACAGCAAAAACUCCAGUCAGCCGAAUGCCUGGAGAAAAUGAACCUCUUGGGGGCAUUUGUGGUCAGUUAAAUCAAAGUAAGACAAAGGCUAUGAUCGCAUUACCAGGCUGAAGUGACUCAAGUCCGAUUUGUUUGGCCUUAAUGUGACACAAAUCUGAUGUUUUCAGAAACAGAAAUCUGAACUUUUCAAAUCAGGUUUGAGUCACUUUCAGAUGUGGUCCUAGAUGGGAUACAUAUCUCAUUUGUGGCCAAUGCGACAUGAAUGAGAAUAGUUACAUCAGAAUUCAUAUGUUUCUUUCCCCAUAUUUGCAUGGACUGAGUGCUGCAAAACAACAAUGGAGGAGAGCUACAAUUGUAACAACAGUCAUGGUUCAACCAUUAAUGACUCCUUUCUCGUAUCCGUACAUCUCUUGAUGCAAUAGCUACGGAGACAGUAAAAGAACAUUAGUACAAUCGAGAUGAGAACAGGCCAUUCAGCCCACGAAAAUAACAUCAAGUCUAGUUCAGAAAGUCCCUAAAGUCCUACUGUUUAUCAUACUACUUGGUAGCUAUUCCAUGUGUCUUUGUGUGAAGAAACACUUCCUAAUGUUUGUGCUUAAUUUACCCUUGACGAGUUUCCAACUGUGUUCUUGAUGAACUCAUUUUAAUGUAACAGUCUAGCCGUUUGCUAUGUUCAGAUCGAUGCAUACACUGGCUACUAACAUACAGUACCAUGCAUGAGAUUGUCUCACAAAUGUGACGUUUUUUUUGUUGUUGGUGACACAAAUGACUCAUACACAACUGCCUGCUGUUUCGGAGGACAGGUGCAUUCACAUUAUAGUAAGAUACAGCAGGUCACUUGUGCUUGUGAAUGUGACCCGUCAAGAUAAGCAAAUCCAACCGGAGCAAAAAAUCACAACUGAACAAGGAGACUUGCAAUGUGAGUGUAAACAAAGUCAGGCACAGUUACAGAUCUGAUGACCUAAGGCAGGGGUCUACAAACUUGGUCUGGGAUGUUCCUAGCAAGUUGCAGGUUUUUGUUCCAAUCUGAUUGCCUAAUCAGAAACCACUCCUUACCUAUAACAGAUCUUAUUUAAAUUUAUGGCUUGUUUGUGUUUUCAGCCUGCCAUGACAGGUCAUUCUUACAUUGUAGAUUUUUUCCUUUCCAAAAAUAUCUUCCACAUGAUUUGUAGCCCAAAGCAGAUUAGUAAUCCUCAGGCCUUUACUUUUGUUGUUGUCAGUUUCCCUCCAAAUAUUUUAUUAAUCAGUUAGUUUAUAAUGAAUACACACAGGAGUAAAUGGAAGCAAUUUAGAUGGAGAACUACUGGUGCCUUUGUCAUUUGUAUCUUACUGCUAAUAAGGAGCCAUCAUAACAGCAAAAGUAGCUGACUAAAAUAAUCAAUUUAGACAGGGAAUCUUAAUAAAGAAGACAACUAAAAUCAUGUCAGUCAUUAUCCAGCUAAAAUGAAGUAUAAUAUUCUGUUUGAACAAUAUGUGCUUCAUAAACAUAAUGGAGUUCUGGGUUGGAACAAAAACUUGCAGCCACUGCGGCUCUUGAGCACUGACUUUGCCAACUACUGAGCAAUGCCAAUUGGCCCCCCAUCACCUCCUGAGCAUUUUGCAGGAUUAUACUGUAUAUAAUAAUAAUUAAUGACAUUCAUGUAGUACCUCCCUAACCUAACCUACUCAAAGCGCUUUACAUAGACAAUGGGGAACCCUUUCAACCACCUGGAUGAUGCAAUGGCAGCCAUCCGUAUGCCAGUACACUAACCGCACAUUAGCUAUUAGGUGGUGAAGGGGUGAGAGAGAUAGUUAGCCAAAAAGGGACAGGGGAGGAUUAGGGGCCCAGAAUAAUCAGGCUGCAGUGUGCAAUUUAUCCAAGACAUUGGGAAACACCCUACUCUUGUAAAAAGAUUUACAGAGAUCUUUUAUGACUGCAGAGAGUCAGGACAUCCAAAGAACCAAAGCACCAGUUUUUAUAGCACUGUGUCCCUGUCACUGCACUGGGAUCCCCUAGGUGGCCUUGCCAACACCUCUCCCAGCAGCACCCCAAGCUUUUAGUGGUUGGUCUCCCAUUUAAGUACUGACCAGGACCAAACAUGCUUAGCUUCAGGUGGAUUACCUGUUCUGAAAUGCCUAUGGCAUGGCUGCUGGCAUUAUUAUAUUAUAUUAUAUUAUAUUAUAUUAUAUUAUAUUAUAUUAUAUUAUAUUAUAUUAUAUUAUAUUAUAUUAUAUUAUAUUAUAUUAUAUUAUGUGUUCUAUGUAUUCCAAUUGAAAGACAAAAUCCUUUCAUCUUUGGAUUUAUUCUUGGAUUCCAAGGCUCUCAACUAUUUCUGGAGUCUUUCCCACCAGAAAAUGGGAAAUUCUUCAAGAUUCUGUCCCUCACUUGAUAAUUUACAGCAAAGCUCAGACAGUUUCAUUCUUCUUUUUAUAAUAAAAAAAUAAUUAGUUAGGGGAUGAAAUGGCUUAGGGGCCAAAGUAGGGCUAAAAGUAAAUUAAUUGGUCUUCUGAACUAUCCAUCAAAAAAUGGCCCCAAAGAUAAUUGGGGCAACUGAAGGAUGAUUAAGAGGAUAAUAAUCAUGGACAUUUUUUUCAGUGGGAGAUUUAGUGAAAAUUGAAGAAUUUUUAUUAUAGUUAUCCCUGCCAAUUUUUACAUUACAGAAAGUCCAGUUUUAAAGCUGUGUCCACAAUCUUGCGUCAUAAGCCUGCUUAUUUGAAGCUGAAAACAUUGAAACAGGACCAGAACAAGCCUAAGUAAGUCCCUUUGGUAGGAUAAAUGUCCUGAGACACACUCGAAACAGUGAGGUGUGCUUGCUCAAAAGACAAGAUAAAUGUUGGGGCACCAGCCCAGCUUUUCCCUUUUACUUGCAAAACUGGAAAAUAAACAUCGCUCAAAGGUGUGAGUACAAUGUUUCCCUGUGGUGUUCUAACAUACAAGGUCACUACCUAUCAAGGCUUCUUUAGAGGCUUUCUCUUGGCUAGCAGGAGCUCCAUCUCCUCUGUUUUCCAGUCAACGACUGACACUUCUAUCCAGGUGGCUGGGCUUUAAAGGUCCUGGGACAGGAAGAGGCAGAGUCAGUUGCCCUCACUGGGCGGUAUUUUCAGUACUGAGAAGGCAAAAGAAGACAGCAGUUAGUGGCAGCGCCCCAUCUCAUACCCAGCUGGUGACCCUCUGACACACAUGUGUGACAGAGGACAGGUCUCAUGUCUUUAACAUAAUGAGCUCAAUGAGUGAGCAUCAGAAGGGCUGGUAUGAGUUGGUAAGGGAAAGAAAAGAAGUGGGGAAAAUUCUUAAGAAGACUUUAGGAUAAUGUAGAAUAUACUACCUAGGUGGACAGACUGGAGCACCUUCUGUUUUAAAUCACUAUUUCAUAUCGGUUUACUUUGUGUUGAAAAAAGACAUACAAACUAGAGAGUUUUAAGUCUCAAAAUUAUUAGUUUAAUCAAUUACCUGAUGUUUAAUUUAUAUGAGGUGUCACAUUGGUAAUAUUAGUUACUGCUGUAUCCCAUAUACAUGCAGAAACAAUGACUCUAGAUAACAGACGUACAUGACAGGCAGAAGAAUGAAAGAAAUAUCGCGAAGGUCGAUGCAUGCCAUGAGGUAAUGCCAAUGCCACCUGCCUGGCAUCUCAUCGAUUAAACUGUCCCGGCUAGAACAUCUUGCUGUAUUUUAUAGUUAGCUGAUUUUCAUGCCACACAAAAACAAAGAAAAUGUAAUCCCUUACUCUUCAAAACUGAAUACAAGAUAAUACAAGAUUACGUCCUGAUAUUCCUUGGAAUUUGAGGGAUCUGCAGCUGAAAAAUAUGAAUAAUGUUAUUUUAGGUUCCAUUAUAUUAUAUUAUAUUUUGUAAACAUAUUUUGCUCAGCAGUUUAAAAUUUGGUAGUUAAUAGUUUUGUAGAGUUUUGUCAAAAGUGUUUUGAUGCUUUUUAUUGAAAGUUAAUAGAAAUCUAAAAACGAUUCUGCAUUUUUUUACAGACAUUGGUAACAAAUUAGAUUUUUGUAGAUUUUUGGAUCUCCCAUACAGUGAAGCUACUGUAAACUCAAUGUUCUCAUUGGAUUUGAACCAUAGUGACAUUUAAUGUUGCAAAAUAUUGUGGAAACACAAAAAUCGAUUAAAAAAAUUCAGCAAUGUCAUUUUAAAAUUGAGAAUGAAAAAUGAAGUCUUUUCUCAAAUAAUCUUUGAUUUAUAUGGUAACAUUUAUAGAAUAGCACUAUUAAAA